AUGAAUGACGCAAACAAACAUACCCUGGACUCAGGUCAAUUCAAUGCUUAACAAGUUGAUCAAAUGAAGGAAUGAUCACUAGGAAGGACAACUGAUCCUACAGCUGUAUUUAAGCCUCGGACACUGUGAAUACAAGACGUUAAUAAACAAUUAUGGAACACUGAGUCAAAUGUAUUGCAAACCAAACCAUAGCUCAAUUAAAUGCAGCCUUCAUGGAUUAACAAAAGUAUGCUGUAAUCAAAAGACAAAUGAUCAUUUAAUUGCAGUUAAUCGCUUGUUUUCAUUUUGUUUGAGGUUUAAACCCUAAAGCGAAUUACUAAAUAGGGCUCUUUCAGUGCUCUGAGGUAGGCUAUAGCCAACUGAUUUAGUGGUGAGACCACUAAUGGAAUCUUUACUUCCUUAUCAAUCGAGACGGAUAGCUCGCCGUGAUCGUAUAGUGGUUAGUACUCUGCGUUGUGGCCGCAGCAACCCCGGUUUGAAUCCGGGUCACGGCAGUUUUUAAGCACUCUUGACUGUUUACAUUAAGUUCACUUCAAAGACUGAUGAAGCCAUUAAAUUAUUUCAUGUGAGUUGUCAAUUGAAACUAUUUCCAGGUGUCACCCGGAUACAGCGGAAAGUUUAAACCCCCCUGAACUUGGAUUAUUGAUUAACGAAACAAUCGAUUAAACAGUCGAAUCAAACCAACUUGACGAUUACCCUAUUAAAAAAACGUUAAAUCGCAGAAAUGUUUGAAACGUCAACGAAAGAUCUGCACCUUUGAGAAAACCUUGAGUCUUUCAGCUUUCCGUAGAGUCGCUUCGAAAUGAUGUCAUCCUGUGUAAAAAAUACCCGUUUGUACCAUGGAUACUGAGGACGCCGCUUUAUGGAAGCUGGUUACAUUGUAACGGUAGUUUGUUGAAGUGGCUUUUAUUGGUCAUUUAGAUGGCUACAAUUUCUGUUUCAGACUGGACACGUUCGAGCGAAAUGGAUACUUUGUACAAAGCCCGUGUAUGGCUGCUCACGCAAACUAGGAAAGCUUGUUGCUACAGCUAGCUGGCCUGGCUCUAUCAGUAUAAGUUCUUUUUUUUUGUCCAUUUAUUAUGAUUUAUACAUUUUCAAUAAUAAAUCGUAAUAAAGAGUCCAAACACCCUUGAAUAAUGAGACCCCAAUCAGGUAAGUCGGUGACAACAAGGAACCUUAUAUAACCUCAUUUUAUAUCAGCUGUGUGGUGGAGAACACCAACAGACUAGACACGCAUGUGGAAUCGCGGUGCCCGAAGUUCAGCUCUGGAACGGGCACAAGCCCAGCUCUCCGGCCGGAAGUUUGGCAACACCGUCCCAGAACCAUGGGAGGCGAAAAGAUCAACAAGUUCAUUGGAUGGAGUCGCCAAGACAGCUUUACAAACCAGACAGACCUCGUUCCAGGACCUUAGUGACCUGUCUUCUGAGGGGACAGUGAGCCAUGACAUCAUUCGCCCCACUGCAGCCCGACGGCUGGGGAAGCGGGAACACCCCAGUCCUCCUCCUCCAGCACCUGAGAGCUCUGGAGUUGGGGCUGGAGGAGGGAGCAGGUUCCUGAAGAAAGCCCCCCCCGCCGCGGCUAGCAGCCUGUCUCCAGCACUCAGCAAGACCCAGACCCAGCACCCUGAACCCAGAUAUGUGGCGUCCUCCCAACGGAGUUCCCAAAGCACGGCGCUGAGCAGGCUGGCUCUCAUCGAGGACCGCAUCCGUAACCGCCAGCAGGCCAGAGACGGACCUCCGUCUUCAGCCCCAAACAGAGGCUCCACGCCCGGCCCCACCGCUCAGGAAACUCCCCUGUCCCUGUCGGCCCAGUCCAGCAGUGACCUGAGCAUGAAGGGCAAACGCUUCCUGAAGACCAAGACCCCGACGACCACAGCUACGACGCUCGCUACCGCUGCUAACGCACCCACGGUGGCACCUAAGGGCCCCGAGGCUAGUUUCAAAGCUGCCACGCCAUUGGGCGGUUCCAAAGCCUCACAAUUGGCCGCAGCCAAUCGGGGUGUAACUCUGGACAGUGAUGAGGAGGACAUGAGGCAGCUGUUAGGAGGCUCGUUUGAAUCGCCAGAAGACAGUCUGUUGACCGACCUCAGGGGAGCGUCACAGAACAUCCCUAGAAAGUCCUUCAGGAAGGGAAUCCCGAAGAUCUCGCCCUCCCCUCCCUUGGUUGGUAGAGCCUCUUCAGCGAGAAGGCUGUCGCGCUCCCCGCCCUCCUCUCUCCGAGGGUCCCCGGACCGCUUGGGGUUCUCCAGCCGCCCCCAGGCCCCGCCCAGUCCCUCCCUCUCCCCCCUCCCCCGGUCCCCGGAGGGCCCCUUCCCAGGCCGGACGGGCUCCCUUCGGAGCAGGCCCCUCAGACGCUCACUCUCCUCUGCCUCAGACCGCAGUGAUGUGCGCUCCCUGGAGGAGCUCUUCCCCGAGGCCCUGGGCUCCCUGGCGGAGCUCCAUCCCGAGGCCCUGGGCUCCCUGGCGGAGCUCCAUCCCGAGGCCCUGGGCUCCCUGGCGGAGCUCUAUCCCGAGGCCCUGGACUCGGAUGAUGCCAUCAGUGAGCAGAGUGGCGUGUCUGAUGACUUCAAGAUAAAAAUCAUGUCACUGGAUGACCUGGCUCCUGUAACCCUCGGAGACACCGAAAGGCCAGCAAAGAAAAAGACGGAGACCCAAGGGUCACAACAGGGGGCCUCUCCCCGACCUCGAGAAGAGGAGCCCUCUGAGGAGGCGCAGGAGGAAGGGGCCCUGAGCUACGAGAGCGACUUUGAGAGCGGGGUCAGGACGGAGGAGGACGCGAGCGCCAACGACAUCUCGGAGCACCUGGGAGACGAGGAGGAGACCUUGGAGGGCAAGCAGCGUCGAGUCUCCGACUCUGAUAGGUUGCACGGCCGCUACGCUGACUACUCCCACAGCCUAUCGGAGAGGAGGAGUCAGUCCCGGUCCCGAUCCUAUGACGGGCAGGACAGCAGGGCAGACGACGAAUCACAAAGCGACAGCACAAUCAGCCGGGCGUCCAGAUCCCCGUCUGGCUCCGACUCCUCGUCUCGCACCGUCACCCCUCCCCGCCGCGCCCAGACCCGCCCCCCGGGCCCAGUCGUCAGGGAGACGGCCUCGCAGACCCAGCCAGACGGCUUGACCUACGCCUGGUCACACUCUGGCUUUGCGUCGCUGGGCCCUGCCAUAGGGAUGGCUUAUGUGGACCCCACCCCUGUGGCCAGUCACACCGUCAGUGCGGAGGCUGUGGAGGCCCUCAGCGCCUACAGUCCUGCGGUCUUUGCCCUGAACGACAUGCUGAGGGAGCAGCUGUCCCUCACCAGACACUAUGUGCAGGCCAACCGGUCCCUGCACUCGUCCCUGCUACAGAGCCUGGAGCCUGCGGACUACACCUACACCACCCUGGAGGGCACCAAGGAGUUUAUCCGCUGUCACAAGCCUCCCAGACUGACCCUGGAGGAAGCGCUGGAGGAGGUGCUGCAGGAGAUGAGAGACUACCACUACAUCUAGACUUCCUGGACCUCAACUUUGACGAGACUCUAUUUUUCUACUUGGGAAACUUGAAUCGUGUGGCUUUCUGUAGUGUUGUGAUGUUACCUCCGAACCAAAAGGACUGUCGUGACGUAAUCAUGUAUUUAUUUUGACCGUUGUGUUUGCGGGCAGUUCAAUGAAAAGGGUUUGCAUGAGAGAUGUAGAUAUCUUUAUAAAACCUCGAUGUAUUCUAGUGCCACAAAUCUAUUUUGCUGUAAAACUGAUUACUGAAAAGUGUAUGCCAGUCACGAUUGUGCUUCUGUAAUAAAUGCUCACACAGCAAAGUAAAAA